GUUGCCGGACUACCGAAAAAAAGUUGUGAUUUUUAGUGCGGAGUAAUUUUGGACAAAUUUCAUCAGAAUUUGUAUGUUAAAUUGGUUUAAAACUCGAUAAAACCAUGCCGAAAGAACAGUUCCGCGAGGCAGAUGUCAUCAAAAAGAUCUCCCACGUUUCUUUCGGCAUCGACAGUGCGGAGUUGAUUCAGCAGGAGGCGCAUCUGCAUGUUGUGGCGAAGAACCUAUACAAUCAGGAUGCCAAUCGGACGCCGGUUACGUACGGUGUGCUGGACCGUCGGAUGGGUGUCAGCCAGAAGGACGCAACGUGCGACACCUGCAAGAAGGGCCUAAACGAUUGCGUUGGCCACUUUGGUUAUAUCGACUUGGCGCUGCCGGUGUUCCACGUAGGGCACUUCCGAGCGACUAUUACGAUUCUGCAAUCGAUUUGUAAGGUUUGCUCUCGGGUAAUGCUUAAGGAGGACGAGAAGAAACAGUUCAGUGCCCGGUUGAUGAAUCCGAAUCUCUCGUACCUGGCGAAGAAAUCGAUUCACAGUCAGGUGCUGAAGAAGGCAAAGAAGAACACCAAGUGUCCAUACUGCGGAAGCCUGAAUGGACCGGUCAAGAAAGGGGCGGGUCUGAUGAAGAUCGUUCACGAGCCGUUCCGUGGCAAGAAGGCGACGGAUCCUUUGGUGACCAACGCGUUGGAAGUGAUGAUGGGGGCCAUCGAGGGAAACCGGGAGCUGUCGCAGACGAUCGGGCCAUCGUCGCUGAUGAAGGAGCUGAAUCCGGUCGAGGUGCUGGAUUUGUUUAAGAACAUACCCAAAAGCGACAUUCCUUUGCUGGGAAUGACCUCGCCGGAGUCGAAUCCGGCGGAUCUGAUUGUGACGAGGGUGUUUGUCCCUCCGGUUUGCAUCCGACCAUCGGUGGUUUCUGAGGUCAAGGCUGGCACCACGGAGGAUGAUUUGACGAUGAAGCAGAGUGAGAUUUUGCUGAUUAGUGAUGUCAUUGCCAAGCAUAUGAUGUCCGGUGGAAAGAUCGAGUUGAUUCAGGAGGACUGGGAUUACUUGCAGUUGCACUGUGCACUGUACUUCAAUAGUGAGCUGUCCGGAAUUCCGUUGUCACUGAUGCCUAAAAAACCGACACGCGGUAUUGUGCAGCGUUUGAAGGGCAAGCAGGGUCGGUUCCGAGGUAAUCUGUCGGGAAAGCGAGUUGAUUUCUCCGCUCGUACUGUAAUUUCGCCAGAUCCCAAUUUGAUGAUUCAUCAAGUGGGAGUGCCCGAUCGGGUGGCUAAGAUUCUCACAUUCCCGGAACGGGUGAACACGGCCAACAUCAAUAAAAUGCGCCAGUUGAUUAAAAACGGAACCGAGAAGCAUCCCGGUGCAAACUACGUUCAGCAGAAGGGAAGUGCCUUCAAAAAGUAUUUGGCCUACGGUAAUCGGGACAAAGUGGCUCAGGAUCUGAAAUGUGGAGACAUCGUUGAGCGCCACUUGAUGGACGGUGACGUGGUGCUGUUCAAUCGUCAGCCCAGCUUGCACAAGCUCAGUAUCAUGUGUCACGUGGCCAAGGUGCAACCGCAGCGUACGUUCCGCUUCAACGAGUGUGCCUGUACGCCGUACAAUGCCGAUUUCGACGGGGAUGAAAUGAACUUGCAUCUACCGCAGACAGAAGAGGCCCGAGCUGAAGCUUUGGUGCUGAUGGGGAACAAAUCCAAUCUGGUAACGCCUCGUAAUGGUGAGCUACUGAUUGCUGCCACCCAGGAUUUCAUUACCGGAGGUUACCUCCUGACGCAAAAAGACCAGUUCCUGACCCGUGAACAGGUGAUGCAGCUGGCCGCAUGCAUGCUCUCUGGCCCGGACGCCAACAUGGAGAUCGAUCUUCCCAAACCGGCCAUCAUCAAACCGCGCAAAAUGUGGACAGGGAAGCAGAUUUUCAGUUUGAUUCUCAAGCCAAACAAGGACUGCAUAGUGAAUGCCAAUCUGUCCACCAAGGGUCGCAACUACACGGCCGGAAAGGACAUGUGCGUCAAGGACUCCUGGGUCGUGAUCCGGAAUUCGCAACUCAUGUGCGGUGCCAUGGACAAGGGAACGAUGGGUUCCGGUACCAAGAACUGCAUUUUUUAUGUGAUUCUCAGAGAUUUCGGCGAAGAAUACGCCAUUCGUUCUAUGUGGCGUCUGGCUCGAAUGGCCUCGUACUUCAUGAUGAACCAUGGUUUCUCGUUUGGUAUCGGUGAUGUGACUCCCAGUCGAAAACUUCUGGAAGAGAAGCAGAAGCUGCUGGAAAAUGGUUACCGUCGGUGUGACGAGUACAUUGCCGAAAUGAAGAAGGGAACCCUACAAUGUCAACCGGGUUGUACGGCCGAACAAACGCUGGAAGCGGUUAUGUUGAAGGAAUUGUCCAGCAUUCGAGAACUGGCCGCGAAGGCGUGCUUCCGAGAAUUGCAUCCGACCAACAGUGCUCUGAUUAUGGCCCAGUCCGGUUCGAAGGGAUCGAAUAUUAACAUUUCGCAAAUGAUUGCUUGCGUCGGACAGCAGGCCAUCAACGGCAAGCGAGUUCCGAACGGGUUUGAGGACCGUGCUCUGCCACAUUUUGAGAAGUUCUCGAAAAUCCCAGCGGCCCGAGGCUUCGUCCAGAAUAGUUUCUACUCGGGUCUCACGCCGACCGAGUUCUUCUUCCACACCAUGGCCGGUCGUGAGGGUCUGGUCGAUACGGCUGUCAAAACAGCCGAAACCGGUUACCUGCAGCGACGGUUGGUAAAAUGUUUGGAGGAUCUAGUUGUUCAAUACGAUGGCACCGUCCGCAAUGCGAUUGGUGAGGUUGUCGAAUUCACCUAUGGUGCGGAUGGGCUGGAUCCCGUGUACAUGGAGAUCAAGAACAAACCGGUGGACAUCGAUCGGCAGUUUAUGCACGUUCGCAGUGUGUAUCCGUGCCGGAAUGAAGCUCCGCUUAGCGGUAACGAAAUCGUUCCGGUAGCCGAGGAAAUACUUAAAAAGUCUGAUUUCGAAGACUGUCGAGUUGAUUUCCGGAAUGAAUGCCUCGAGUUCCUCUCCAAGUUCGGCCAAAGACUGGACAAGAUUCAAAAGCGCUAUCGUCACUGCUCGAAAGUGACCCUUGAGGUCGAACGAACCACUCGAGGCCAGCUGGAAGCGUUCCUCACCCAGGUGCGCAACAAGUACAACAAAGCAGUCACCGAGCCGGGAACGGCCGUUGGAGCGCUGGCCGCCCAAAGUAUCGGUGAACCCGGUACUCAGAUGACGCUGAAAACGUUCCAUUUUGCCGGUGUCGCCUCGAUGAACAUCACCCAGGGUGUACCGCGUAUUGUCGAAAUUAUCAACGCUACCAAAGCGAUUUCCACUCCGAUCAUUACGGCGGAAAUCGAAGACAACACCAGCAUGGAGUUUGCCCGGAAGGUGAAGGCCAGGAUUGAGAAAACGACACUCGGUGAGAUUUCGUCGUACAUCGAGGAGGCGUACAAGUCGGACGAUUGUUUCCUGCUGAUCAAGCUGGAUUUGGACCGAAUCCGGGUGCUGGGGUUGGAGGUCAACGCGGAGACUAUUCGAUAUUCGAUCUGCACAUCCAAGCUGAAGCUUAAACAAGAGAACGUUGAAGUUUACGGCCCCUCGUUGAUCAUUAUCCGGCCGGAUCCCUCGAAGCAUAGUCACGCCCUGAACGCCGAGCUGCAACGGUUGCUCACAGCCAUUCCCAACGUAGUGGUUGCCGGUCUACCGCAAGUGUCCCGUGCCGUUAUAGCCGUGGACGACUCGCGGGGUCCCCCAACGUACAAACUGUGCGUCGAAGGUUACGGCCUGCGCGAUGUGAUGGCAACCUACGGGGUCGUGGGCGCCCGGACCAAGAGUAACAACAUCUUGGAGGUGUACGUAACGCUUGGAAUCGAAGCUGCCCGGACGACGAUCAUGAACGAAAUUACCGACGUCAUGGAGGGUCACGGCAUGAGUGUGGACCAUCGGCACAUUAUGCUGCUGGCCAGUCAGAUGACUUCGCGGGGUGAGGUGCUGGGCAUCACCCGCCACGGGUUGGCAAAGAUGCGGGAGUCUGUGUUCAAUUUGGCUUCGUUCGAGAAAACGGCCGACCACCUGUUCGACGCGGCUUACUACGGCCAAACAGAUUCAAUCGAUGGAGUUUCGGAACGAAUCAUUCUUGGAAUGCCGGCGGCCAUCGGCACGGGACUGUUCAAACUGAUCCACAACCACACGGACACCCGACUCGAGGAAGUUGUUGAACCGAUAUUCAACGCCACGUGACGUUGGCCUUCGUUGUUCUAGUUUUUAGAGUAAUACGAAAAUAUUUAUUGUAAUAUUGAUGUUUCUAUUCCUACAAUGUAGAAAUGAACGAGCACUAUGAGAAAAAAAAAUGUGGAAAUAUAUGAUAGUUUUCAGAUGAGAUAAACUAAACCUACGCAAAAAAAUACAAUAGUAUUCAAUCAUUGAAGCUUUC